CGCGACGUAGUUGAGAACAUGCGGUGGUCUUCGGUAAAGGCCCAGCUCGAGAUGCUGUUGGCGACGUUGUUAAUAUUCUCGAUAUGCCAGUGCCAAGCCCGUCCCAAUGUCUACGAUGAUGUCCACGAGGAAAACGAAAAGGACGCCUGGUUAGCCGGGGUCUACCAACCACAGCCUUUGAGGCCAGCUCCUUGGCAGCGGCCAGAUGCCGCACGAUUACCUAACCCAGCAUCCGAUGGGGGAUUGCAAAUACCUGGAGUCGGAGAGCUAAUCGGUCUGCCUGGCUACAAGUUCAUUGGCAAUCGUCCCAUAGAUGCUUAUCUGGGCAUCCGCUAUGCUCAGGUCGGCAGCGGACUCGGUCGCUUCCAACAGGCCAGAUCUGUGCCGUAUCAGGGUCAAGUGAAUGCCACAAAGGCAAGUCCGAACUGCGCCCAGUUUCCAGAACUGCAACGCAUCCAAGACGACGAGGCACGCGGCAAGAAUGUGGAUGACUGUCUCACUCUCGAUGUCUAUGCACCGAGUGGGGCUUCGAAUCUGCCCGUCUUAGUCUUUGUCCAUGGUGAAAUGUUGUUCGAUGGUGGCUCCGAAGAAGCCGCACCGGAUUACUUCCUGGAACAUGAUGUUGUACUCGUCUCGAUAAACUAUCGCCUUGCCCCAUUUGGUUUUCUCAGCGACCUCAGCAGCGAACUGCCCGGAAAUGUGGCUCUUUCCGAUAUCCAUUUGGCCCUUCAGUGGCUGCAGCGCAACCUUCGUUAUUUCGGCGGCAAUCCCCAGCAGGUGACCUUGGUGGGGCAGGCUGGUGGCGCCACCUUAGUGCACGCUCUAAGCCUUAGCGGACGUGCGCAAAAUCUGUUCCAGCAGUUGAUUUUGCAAUCCGGCACUGCUCUUAAUCCGUAUCUCAUAGAUGAACGUCCUCGAGAGACUCUGGCCACGUUCGCCCGCAUCGCCCGGUGCCCCUAUGCUGGCCAGAACCUUUCACCCCUCUACAACUGCCUCAGCCAGCUCCGCACUUCGGAAUUGUUGAGGGCUUUCCAGCAGCUUUAUGAACAGAACGAGCCACGUGGCCUCACCUACCUUGGUGGAUUCAAGUUGGUAGUGGGCGACAGUCUGGGCUACUUGCCUCAGCAUCCGGCUAACCUUGUGGUUAAUAAUCAGAAUAGUUCCGUGCCGUUGAUAAUAGGAGCCACCAAAGAUGCCAGCGCUUUUAUUUUGUCGCGCUUCUAUAGUGAAGUGCAGCGUGUGCAAUCUCGAAAUGUCAGCGACUACAUCAACGUUGUCCUGCGCCACACAGCCCCGCCUCAGCACCACAAGAUCUGGCAUGACUGGGCAUUGAGGGAGAUUUUCACACCUGAUCAGACGCCGCAGUUCGUGAACUCACAGAGUAUUUCGCAGCAUCUCUUGGAGUUGAGCAAUCUGAUUUUGUACCGCGAACCGGUCAUCGAUUCCAUCAGGUUUACGUACAAAAAAGUUCCGACCUAUUUGUACAUAUUUGAUUAUCGCGGCCAGUACCAUCGGUUUGGUCACUUGAAUAAUCCUCUGCCUUUUGGUGUGGAUGCUUCGCUCAGCGACGACAGUGUCUAUCUGUUUCCCUAUCCGGUGGAGGCCAGCCGUCUAAAUCCGGAAGAUAAGUCGCUUGCCCGUGCGCUCGUCACAAUGUGGGUGAAUUUUGCCCAAUCAGGAGUACCCAAUCCCUACAAUGGUGUCUGGCCCAAGGCGAGCUCUGAGUAUGGACCAUUUUUGCGCUUUACCAACUCCAAGGAAAGCGUACUCGAAUUGGAUCAGCAUUUCGGUGAGGGCAUUUAUGUGCCCAAUUUGUAUGGAUUUGAUCAGAUACUAAAGAGCACCACGCCCCAGGUAAGCCCAACACCCACAACUACUACAACAAGGACGACAACAACAACGACGACAACAAGGCGUCCGUAUGCAUUCAAUCCGUAUGCCCAAAGACCACCUCAGCCAUCGCCGCAGGAGCCGAGGAGACCUUCGGAUCAGGCUCGUUAUGAACAGUUUCUGAAGGCUCAGGAACGGAGACGUCAGCAAUAUCAAAGAGAACAACAAGAGCGCUUGGAGCGUGAACGCGCGCAGCAACAGCUUCGUGAACAGCACGAACGAGAGGAACAGAAGCGGCAAGAAGAAGAACGUUUAAAGCAGAGAGAGCAGGAAGCACAGCGAGAGAGAGAAGAGCACGAACAGCGUCUUCAGGAAGAACGUAGGCGCGAGUUGCAGCUGCAAGAGGAAAGGACCAGAGAGGAUCAAGAAAAACGUCUGCAGCAGGAAAGAGAGCAGGAAGAGAGGGAGCAACAUGCUCAAAGGCCUUACGAAACUGGCCCUGAGGAAGAUUCUGGCUAUGAACCUACUCCAUAUCCCAACUAUGAAGAUUACGUAAGAGAUAAUCGUCGACAGCAGGAAGCUGACACUGACCCUGGCACUGUCCCCAACACCGACAAUGACAUUGACAACGGGAAUAGACCAAUUGGCAACGACCCAUCAUUCGACGUCAAUGACCCCCGGUCGUAUUCUAGCUAUGAUGCAUAUGUUGAAGCCCAGAUGAAAUUAAGAGAGGAAGAGAAUCGGCGCUAUGAAGAAGAGCAGGCCCGAUACGAACAGGAGAGACAACGAGAGGAAGAAGAGCGGACGCGACAGCAAGAGGAAUAUGGUAAUCAUGAACCAGAUCAAGUUCAUGAGGAGGAGGAGGAGCAGAGGGCCCAUGAGACAUAUGGACAAGGUCAACAGCAAGGCGAGCAGGAAAAUAAUUUAAGAGAGGAAGAUAAUCUUCCAGCAGACUUUGAUCCGAAUGACCCUCGAUCUUAUCCCAGCUAUGAUGCCUAUGUGGAAGCCCAGAUGAAAUUGAGAGAGGAAGAGAAUCGAAUUUAUGAACAAGAGCGAGUCCGAGAAGAAGAAGAGAGGGCGCGACAGCAAGAAGAUCAUGGUCAUCAUUUUGAUGAGGACGAUCAUCUACGUCAUGAAGAAGAAUUGGUUCGAGAGGAAGAGGAGAGAGCCGAAGAGCAACGGAAUAACCAAGAGGAAGGGGAGCAAGACAAUAAUUUUAGAGAGGAGGAGGAGGAACAAGAGCGGGCGCGAGAAGAAGAUGAGCGGGCCCGGGACGAAUAUGAGCUAUCAAGAGAGGCGGAAGAGGAACAGGCUAAUUAAUCUUUACCGAAUUUUUUAAGUCUAAAUACAUUCGCAGAUGCCUAAUAAUUUCUCAAGUUGUCAAUAUUAACCAAAAAUAUGUGUUCAAUUAUCCAAUCUCCAAUAAAAUGGUAAUCAAUCGAGA